AUGGAUGAGCAAGGAGUACAAUUCGGCCUCGUGAUUGAUCGCGACGGCCUCAGGCUCAACGUCGCCGUCGAUGGCCACAACGGGCACACCAAAAUCGGCGUCAACGUCGAUACCGACAACAAGGUCGAAAUCGUUUUCAGCGUCGAAGAGCCCGCGAACGGGCGAGUCGACACCGACCCUGUCGCUUUGACCAACGACCAACUUAUUCGAGAGGGGCAGGAAGCUGGGCAGCCGGUAGUUGUUGUUGCAAAUUGUAUCAAGGCAUCGAGGACCGUUGAAGGCAGCGACGUCGAGAUGCGCGAUGGGGAGGGGGAUGAUCAGGACGCCUUCAACGGACUCUGCGCGCGCAUGCACAUCAAACGCGCGCGCAUGCGCAUCAAACGCGUGCGCACGCGCAUCAAAUGCGUGCGCAUGCGCAUCAAACGCGUGGACGCGCGCAUGUGCAUCAAACGCGCGCACAUGCGCAUCAAACGCGUGGACGCGCGCAUGCGCGUUUGA